AUAAAUGGACAGACUUGGGCGUAGCGCUCACAGACCCAGGCGUGGCUGCGGUGAAGCAGGUGCUCUGCCGCACGUUAAUCCUUCUCAUCAAAGAAUAACUUCUAAAUAGUCUUUUUACAUAAUACAGCCAGGAUGCCCAAGUGUCCUAAAUGCACCAAGGAGGUCUACUUUGCGGAGAGGGUGAGCUCACUGGGAAAAGACUGGCACCGGCCAUGCCUGAGGUGCGAGAAGUGCAACAAGACGCUUUCGGCAGGCAUGCACGCAGAGCAUGACGGGAAGCCAUACUGCACUACUCCCUGCCACUCUGCACUGUUUGGUCCUAAAGGAUUUGGACGUGGGGGCACCGAGAGUCACACAUUCAAGUAGUGAGGUUAUAACAGCCUAGAAGAGUUGCUUUAAGGAAGGGAGAAGGUGCCAUACAAGAAACUUUAUCCCCGUGUUUUUAAACCAAAACAUCAACAAAAUUUUUCUUUGUUGCAAUUGUCUUUGCUCGUCAUUCAUUCAUUUUAAUUAACAAAGCUGGCUUUAAUUAUGCCCACUCGAUUUCUCAGAAUUAUUUUGAAGGGUAUUAUAACAAUUAAUUUCUUUGUGUCCAAAUAAAAAUAUUUGGCCAUAAA